AUGAUGGCCCCACGAAUUGCCGUGCUCAGAGGCGUGGCUCGACAUGGCCCCGAACAAAGGUCCAACCCCAGCCACAGCUCGCUUUGGACGACGACAACAUGCAGUGCCUCACGAUGCGCCUCGAUGGCCACGAUUAGCGUGAUCCGCGCCGACAUUGACGAGACUACCGGCCGUCCACGGAUGUCUACACCUCACCGCCAACGACGCUACCGGCGAUUCCCAAAAUACCUGCGCGACUCGCCGAACGCGACACUGGCGAUGCGCCUCAAGAGCCGCACAACGGCACUGACUUUUCAGGCCUGGAAACGGUUCGACGACGUGGCGCGCAGCAAAAGCCUGCGGCUGCCCGUGCUGGCACUGCAGAUGAUGAUCCGCAACGAGGAGGCAAGCAGGCCGACAAGCCUGUCGGAGAGCCUCAGCAGCACCGCAGACUGGCGGGUGCGGCUCAACAGCCUGGCGUUUAAGGGCAUCACGGAGGCGGAUAUGCAGCACUGGGUGUGGAUUUUGGCGGCGCCGGACCCGGACGAGCGGAUAGCCCGAUUUGUAUCGAACAGCGAGCGGCCGAAACCGCUGUUCCUGCUAUUCCAGCUACUGCGGCGCGACGAGACGUUCCACAAGGGCAGCUCGCUGAUGAGCAUCUACAACUACGUUGCGCGGCACCACGUACGCUCUCGAACGACACCGCCCGAGGCCGUGCUGCCUUUUGGCGCCGUGCGCCGCACGCUCGAUCCGGGUCUGAACACGACGCCGCAGACGUUUGCCACUCUGCUGCGGCUGCUCGUUCACCAUUACUUGCGCAUAUGGCCGUCGGCGUUGCCGGCCGUCGCGCGCCUCGCCGCCGAGUACGUCGAGACGCUGCCUCGCAUGGCCAAGCGGGGCGAGAAGCAGGCCUUUGGUGAUGCCUGCCACAUCUUCAACUACGCGCUGGUGCUCUUCCAGCGCAAGUCUCCCGUCAGCCCCGUGUUCCAGAUGCGCUACAACUGGCGCGCCCAAAAAGUGCUGCUGGCCAUGUCGACGACACUGCCGCGGCCACUGAUCAUCAACCGCGCUGGCUUCCGCGCCAUACGCCGUGUCAUGCUGGCGCUUGGCAAGUCGCCCGCAGAGCGUAAGGUGGCGCUGCGCAUGGCGCGCACAUGGCCGCCGUACCGGCGCAACUGGGACGGCCGUGACGAGCAGCGGCAGCCGCAGGACGAUUUCAGCCGUAGCGCGCAGGCGGGCGUCUUGAUGCGGGAGGCCGGGUAUGCCGACGCAGAGCACGACAGAGCCCUUGGCGUCUUGGGCGGCGUUCUUCCAGGCGAGUCGCCUACGGUUCAGACGCGGUCCCUGAGCCCGCGCACGUGGACGGGUGCCCAAUCCAGCCUCAACGUGUUCUCGACCUGGGCGUCCCGCGUCAAGGCAACACGUGACGUCAACGAGGCGUGGCACGAGUUCAAGCAGGCGCCCGCCGCCGUUGACGGCAGCCCCUUGCGCCCAAACAUCCAGGUGUACGCGGAGAUGUUCAAGAAGCUGCUGGCCGCACCCAUCCAGCACCACCGCUCAUCGUAUACAUCCUCUCACUCUGCGCGGCUAGACGGCAAGGAAUUGCUGCCGGGCGACGUCAAGGAAGUGUUCCCCGUCAACGACGCGACUUUGACAGCGUUCGAGAAGCAGCGCCUGCGGCCGCCGUCUGCCGCCAUGCUCUAUGAGCAGAUGCUGCACGAGGGCAUGCGACCCGUCGGUGAUUGCCUCUCGGUCCUCGUGCAAAAUGCACCAACACUCGAGGCGGCGAUGAAGUACCUGCACGAUAGCCCUAUCGAUAAACAGACCAUACACCGUCAAAGGCAACAACAACAGCCGCCACCAAUUACGAUUGACAUUCUCCGUGGCAUUCCUUUGCCAAAUUUUAACGCCUACAUCUACCUUAUGUGCCGCUUCCAGCCCCGGCUGACGGCCGAACCCGCCCGUCUUGGCAAGCAGCGGCGGACGGGCCUCGUCCACCACGCCAUCCGACUGUGUGCGCACCGCUUGCCACCCUCUAUCGAAGAGGGCCGCACUUACAAGGCGCCCUGGCACACUAUUAUGCGCACUCUGGCACAGCCCAAGCUCAUGGUCAGCGCAGAAAACACGAGCGACCGGCGAUUCCAAGACACCGAAACGCUGGCGCUGGCGCUGCGGGUAUUUGAACAGGUCUCGCGCGUCGGUGGUGUCGAUGUCGUCCUAUUCGACAGCUUCUGCAAGGUCGUACAAAAAUCCUUGCGGUGGGCCAACCUGACACCGGCCGUCACCAUGGACGUCUCUGGCGGUGUUGCAAACGAGGACGCGUACAAGGAUGCCCCACCGACACAAGAUCUUGCAGCCGCAUCCUCACCCUCAACAGCGGAGCAAAUGGAGGCAGACCUGCUGCGAAGGGCCCAAGCUGCAUUGGUAGCCGCAUUCGAGGAGAUGAUUGGGCUGCCUGCGUACGAUUUAGGCACAGACGCAGAUGCAGAUGCAGAUGCAGCAGCGAACGACGAUCCGCCGCCAUCACAUUCGCCUUCAUUUACGGCCGCCCACCACCCAUCGACACCGCACAAUAUCACGGCCGGCGCCAUUCAGGGCUACUUGCAGACACUCGGCUACCUGGGCGACACAGACGCCAUGAUGCGCGCGAUGCGCUGGGUGCUCCGCACAUGGGACGACCUCAGCGUCCUCGAAGACGCAAAGGACCCAGACGAUGGCCAGCAUGCCACGAUGGGGCGCGUGUUUGUGCUGUUCCGGGCAUUUGUCGAGGGCGCCGGCGAGGCAUCCUGGCAGAUGGCCUGGCUCGAAAACCAGUUAAAGCAUCUCCACAGGCGCGGCUGCACCUGGCGGUCGCCAUCCAGCGCCGACGCCGACGAAUACGUGCGGUGGCACCGACAGGCGCACAACGAAGCCUUCUGGGCGCAGGUGCGGCCACAUGUGUAG